GUUUAGUGUGUCAAUGAAGCGAGAACAGCUGAUUCGGCCAGCUGAUCGGUAGAAAAACGAAAUCGACGGUGUUUAUUACAACACAACUUGGUGAGACCUCGCUCGAUGCAGUUCGAGUGAGAGCGGUGCACUCCUUGUUCGAAAAGCUGGUUUGAUGAGGUAUUAGUAACUGCACAUCGACAUGAGAACCGUUUCGGAAAUGCUCCAACAGGACUUAAAUCUCAACAGGAAUAACUUAAUGCUCCGCGGCGGGUUGAGCACCGUGACCCUGCUGUCGGAGCCAGGCAACGCCGCGUUGCUCCAGCAGGCCGGAUGCAAGUGGCUGGAGGAGAUGAAGGAGAAGAACGCCGGGGAUGGGGCCAGCGGUGGAAGGGGCAAGCGGGAGACGAGGAUUAGACGGCCCAUGAAUGCUUUCAUGGUGUGGGCCAAGGAUGAACGAAAACGGCUGGCAGAUCAGAACCCAGAUCUACACAACGCCGAUCUCAGUAAAAUGCUAGGGAAGUCCUGGCGCAGCCUCUCUCUGAUGGAGAAACGGCCAUUCAUUGAUGAGGCAGAGAGACUGAGGGUCAAGCACAUGGCGGACCAUCCAGACUACAAGUACCGGCCACGGCGCCGCAAGGGCCCCAAACGCACUAUGAAGAGGAACACCGGCACUGCACCGCCAGCUGGCGGGUCUACGGGGAGCUCUGCCGCCGCUAGCAGCCCCAGCACCCCGCUUUCGGCGCCCGCUACCCCUGUCUCAAUGUCUGCGAGCUCCCCUGAUCACAUGGGCACCAGCUCCCUCCAGACGCCCGACGUCACCCCUCGCACCUCGCCCACCCCGAUGGACAACGCCAACGGCACCGCGCCAGACCUCAAGUUCAAGCACGCCCCGCUGGGCACCAUCGAUCUCAACUUCACGGCGGCCAGCUACACGGAGCCCUUAGCCGCCAUGGGCCUGCCGACCCCCGAGAUGUCUCCGCUGGAGAUGAUGGAGGAGAGCGUCUUCACUUUCCCCAGUUCCGGACUCGAGGCGCCCAGCCACAUGCAGCCUUACGCCACCAGCGCCCAGAGCCCACCUACUCCUAUGGUGGAACCGGAGGGAGUGAACAACGCUGGAUGCUACCAGUUCAACCCCAUCAAGCCCCAGGGGGGUCCUCAGGAGGGGGUGGACGGCACCGCGUGCGACCUCCUGCCCAUUAAGACGGAGCAAAUCGUCCCUCAGGGGAUGGACAACAUGAACAUGUCCGCUAGCGCUACGCUGAGCAGCCUCCGGGCUCUCGUGAAUGCGCCUCCGCAGAACCAGAACAGCGCCGUGACCUCGCUGAUCUCACAAGCUCUUUCUCAGGCACAGCAGGACCAACUGCAGCAGAUGCAGCAACAGGAGGAGCUGCAGCAAAUUGGGAGCAUGACCAACCCCCAGGCCCGGCUCCAGCCAACAGAGGGCUUCUCCCAGCCCCAGUGCCCCAUCAGCGCGGACGACCUGAACGGCAACGGCCUGACGCCUGAGCAGAUGACCACUCUGACCAAGCUCAUGCAGCUCAGCGACGCGGAACUCUUCUAUGAACUCAACCGUGACGACCUCCCCCGCGACGACCUCUCCAUGGACAUGUACCUGGACCCUCUGCCGCCGCAGAACGCCUACACGGACAAUAACUUCUCUACAGACAUGCUGACAAACUCUUUCAUUUGAGGCAAAGUCGAGAUGAGAGGCAUUUUGUUUAUUUGAAAGUCUCAAGUUGACAGAUUGGAGCUGGUUCUUCAUUCUACAGCUCGCUUGAGCGAACAUUGACUUAAGUGCACUGCACGUUGAAAAUUUCACAGCUUGUUUCCCGUACUCUGUCAUGCCUGAAUAACCAGUAGAUAAUAUUGAGUUUAUAUAACGGUUUCUCGGAAUUCAGUAGAAAACUUUUCAUCACAUUACGUUUUGUAAAGUUCGUUCGCCGUGUAGCGUUACCAGGUAAUGUGUGACCGUAAUUUGCUUUUCACACCAGACUAGGUGAUGUCUCUUCACUAAGAUGUCCGCAAGUAAAACCAUAGUGGGGGGGGGUCUGCUCUUCAUGAAAAAUAAGGAGACAUAAUUUUCAAAUAUUGUCCAAAUCAUUCAGAUAACUAUUGAACGUUUCACGAUUCACACUUCGUAACUCGUGCGACAUUCCAACUUCGUUGGAGACAAGAAAAAAUGCGUUUUACUUAUGGAAUUGUACAAAAUAUUGUAUAGGCUCAUUUCUAAGUUAUUCUUUUAUGUUUUCCUGGUAGUUUCACCUGUUUUCAAUACUGCAAGAGCAAGUAGGUGCAAACGUAAUGUCUAGAUGUUUGUAGACCAAAUUAAUGACGUUUCUGUGAUAUUCCUCAUAGUGGAGUGAGUGCUUUGUUAGAAUGUGCAAUUUUUGGCAGGGUCACGUGCUGUUGCAGGGUAUGCCAUUCUGUUUAUCCCAGUUUUGAUGACGUAAUGCAUUUUGCAGUGACGUCAGCGCCUUUCCUCAGCACCAUUUUGAUUCCCACAAUUGCACGGGACCCCGGCCAAUGUAUUUAAAAAAAUGCUGCAUCUGAAAAAAAAUGGUAGUCAAACUAGAUUGUGGAAAAAGAAAAGAACUUAAGACCGUUUUUAAUAUUUGUUCAAACUUGGCCGAUUUCAGGUUAUGCACAAUAAUUGUUUUGUUAAAGGAAUUUCAUGAUUAAUUAAUGCAUAUUUUAUGUACCAAAUUCUUCUUUUUUCACUGUGUACAUAACACCUAACUAAUUCUGCUUAUUUUGUUUCUCGGUAUGGUUUGACGCCGUUGUUCGACUUUGAACUCUUGUAAUUUUGUGAAGAUGUUGGCAGUAUUAUGAUUAAGACCUAUCUUAUCUGAUUCUUUUAUUUGCGUAGUGAUAAGUAUUCGGCAAGAGUUGUUGCGAAUACCAGGGCAUUAGAACGAACCAGCCGUUGCGAUAAGGGUAACCUAACUGCCUUUUUGAAGACAGCGUGCGAGGUUGCCGGGGUUCAGAGUUGCUACUCUGGGAAACAGCAGUGCUGUCGGGGGUUGUAAUCCUCUUUAAAAAAAGAGAAAUGUUCUUAAACGAGUCGAGGAGAUGAAGGGCUGCCUCUUUUCCCGACCAAGGGUCCCCCUGCUCCUGUCAGAGCGUCUAACAAGAGCCCCCAAGGGAUCUCUUGACCAUCUGAAGGAGGAUGCAAUCGUGUUACCUCGAGGAGAAGGGAAUCUUCUCUUCCUGCGCCAGAUAACCGAUAUGUCUUGAACAUAGCUCCGUGGUCUUGAAUGCCGGAGCCAGAGGAUCGCUCGGAUCGCAGUCCUCUGGGGACGAUACUUCAGAUAAGGUUCUAAACGUGUGCCUUAUGGGAUUUUUUUUCCUUUUCCCGCCACAAAAUCAGUAUGAUUCACUCAUCUGGGAAAUGGUUCUUAUUGGCUCGGCGCCAAGGAUUUCUCCAUGAAUAUUUAAGUUUGUUUGUGUCACUUUUUAUCCUCUCGGUUGGUUGAACCGUUUCGUGGUGCUCGUUCGGCUGAAUCUGAGUAGCAACAUUGCCCUUGAAAUUUUGUGAGGUGUGACGCGGGCACUGAAGCGGUUUAACCGUAUUUUUGGCGGGAGAGGGUAGGAAAUCAUUGUCGCUUCCUUAGAACGUCUUCCGAGAAUUGGGCAGUAUUACUGUGACAAGACAAUUUGGUGUGUGUGGUUAUAGGAUUCAACAUUUUCACCAUGUACCUUUUAGAAGUACACGUCGACCUUUGUACAACAUUUGUAACAAAUUAACGGUCUUUACAACCGACUAUCUGUGACGCGAAGACAGAGUAAAACAUGAUAUAGAAAGAAGCAAAAUGAACUGGACCCCAAGAGAAUGUUGCUGGGGCGAAAAUUCUUCUUUGGUAAACAGGACAGUGCUGCGAAGACAGAAUUCGAGUUGAUUCUUUUUUUCAAGUUCGAGAGUUUGAUGCAAUUGAUGAGUGAAAAAAAAGCUCGGCGCUGGUUCGCCGGUUUUCUUGGGCUGAAUAAGGAGAAAUUAGCAAAAGGAGUAUUUAAUGACACUAUUUCAAGUUGCACCGGAUUGACUGUGCACUGUAAAGAUUGAGUACACUUUAGAUGAACGCUGUUAUUAUAACGAUGUUCGAUUUCUGAUCGUCUUUGAGAGGGUUUUUUCUAUGAUUUGAGGUAAAAAAAUAAACUUUUUUUUCUUAAAGAAUCAA